AUGGCGCUGCGAACAGAAGUGGCACAUGUCACCCGAAGGGCUCGUGAAGAGCGCGGGGCCUUCGGCUUCAUCCCCAUCUUCAUCCUCGCAGCCGGAUUGUUGUUGACCGCCCCGUCGCCGGCGCGAGCCCAGGGGAAGGGCAACCAAGGCGAUGAGCGAAUGGCUCGUGAAGAGCGCGGGGCCUUCGGCUUCAUCCCCAUCUUCAUCCUCGCAGCCGGAUUGUUGUUGACCGCCCCGUCGCCGGCGCGAGCCCAGGGGAAGGGCAACCAAGGCGAUGAGCUGCCGGAGGAGGACGAGUCCCGUAUCAUCGGUGGAAGACCUUGCUCCAUCACCCAACGUCCCUUCCAAGUGGCCCUCAUCAAGAGGGGUCAAAUCCUGUGCGGGGGAAGUUUGAUAGACGCCCAAUGGGUGUUGACCGCCGCCCACUGCAGGCAGCCAAUCAGGUAA